AUCGGCGUGACCCCCAUCAACAGCUUCGAUGCGUUCCACUUGAAGCCAGACCACGAGUACCAGUUCCGAGUGACGCCUCGCAACCGCUAUGGCUGGGGUGAACCCGUCACCACGUCGCAGCCGGUCGUCAUCGGCCGCUCUCUGCAGAUGCCCGAGUUCGCCCGCAUCCUACCCGGCCAACUCAAGGCGCUGCGCGGCUCCAACAUUCGUCUGGAAUGCGAGGUGAGCGGCGCGCCGGCGCCCGAGGUGCGCUGGUUCCGCGACGGCACCGCGCUCGACCUGCAGCGCGACCCGUGCCCGCGCUGGGCUCUGUCUCGCGCGGGCCCCGUCUGCCGGCUGGACAUCGCCGACGUGCGCGACGCCGACUCGGGCCGCUACAUGUGUGAAGCCACCAACCCGCAGGGCCGCGCCUCCUCCUUCGCCCGCCUGCAGGUGGUCAGCGACCCCAAGGUGUGGCAGGCCGCCUGCAAGCUGCGC